CUCCUCCUCUCCCCCAGGAGUUGUGUGAAGAUCUUGUGAUGAUGCAUAGUCUCCAGCCCGAGCGUUCAGAUCGUAUAGAGGCGUUGAAGAUGAAUACGUGUCUUUUUGAAGGAAUCCAUCGGCAAGGCUUUGACUGCUAAAUCUUGUUCAGAGAGCACGCGAUCAUCGAGUCCUGAGGAUGAGCUCAGAGGCAAGUAUAGUCGUGCAGGUAGUCAAGAUCUAGCUUGUGAUGCCAUGCUAAUCAUCAUGUUACCAGGGGAUCUCAAAACGCCGAAUAGGCCGGUAUAAGUAACGUCAUCGUCUCAGCCCGUCGGUGAAUCUCGAGAUCUGUUGACAGGGUGUCAAAAGCCAUACCUCAGAAGAGUCUAAAUACUAUCUGCUGGACAUCUGCAUGAUUCUAUGCAACAGGCAACAUGCAAUUCGCGUACCAGAUAGCUGAGGAUAUUGCCAGUGGUCGGCAGACCUGCGAGUCGCUGGUGAUACAAUGUCUUGAACGAAUCGAAGCGGAUAACAUAAAGGGUCGAAAACUACAGGCAUUGAUCAGUGUAUGUCCCAAGGAUAUCGUCCUGGCGUUGGCGAAGCAAAGAGACACCGAGGUCAGAAGUGGAAAGUCACAAGGCCCACUUCAUGGCGUUCCCAUUGUGAUCAAGGAUGCGAUUGUUACUGGGCCAGAGCUGGGCAUGACAAAUACCGCCGGGACUGAAGUGAUCAAGGCGAUGAAGGCGAAGCGGAAUUCGGAUAUUGUUGAUAGGCUGUUGGAAGCUGGUCUAAUCAUUCUAGGAAAGUCCAACAUGACGGAGCUCUGUGGUCUCAAGGACGCCUCGACGCCCAUGGGUUACAGUACGGUGGGCGGGCAGACGCUCUCAACCUUUCGCCAGGAGGGUCUAAGCGAGAAGGAUCAGCCAAUAGCUGGCGGCUCAUCCUCCGGAUCAGCAGUAUCUAUAGCUGCUGGCUUCGUCCCGCUCGCGAUUGGAUCCGAGACAUCAGGAUCCAAUGUCUUCCCAGCGAGUGUGAGCGACGUCUACGGCUUGACCUUGUCAGCCGGUCGAGUGUCGACCACCGGAAUCUGGAGGAUCAGCAACUCCUUUGAUAGGAUCGGGGUGAUGGCAGGUUGUCCUGGUGAUCUGAGAAAACUUGCCGAGGUGAUCUGCUCGGACUCAAUUAUCGUCAGGGACCAAGUCAGCCUUGGAGACAACCUAAACUUCAAAGUCGGGGUGUUGGAUCCGACAUGGGGAACAUGGGGACAAGAAUGGAAGCAGAAGUGGGAGAAGCAAAAAGAACCGUACGAGGCGUUCGUGAAAAGCUUGGAAGCCAUCUGCGAACGAGUGGUUUAUCCUUUACAUCUUGAUGAGCCCAAUCAUCUCAAUCUGAGCGGUAAUGGAUUGCACCAGGUCGCCUUAUACGAGUGCAACACCGUGGUCAAAGGCUACCUGGAUCAGUUUGAGAAUGGCGGAGUCACGGACAUGGCCGCAAUCGUCCAGUGGAACAAGGACCAUGCUGAACUCGCUAUGCCCAAGGAACACCCUGGUCAAAGCAUGUUGGAAGACUGCCUCAAGUUAUCCACCCAAAUGACACCAGAGAUCCAUCGAGAGACCAUCGACCAAGUCAAAAAUCUAGCUGGACCAAAGGGAGUCGAAAAGGUCAUGCACGAGAUGGGAAUUGACCUGAUUGUGUCGAAUAGCGAUGCCACCCUGGUGAGUUAUGCCGCUUGGCUCGGUUGGCCAAUCGCCACGAUCCCGACCGGGUGGAGGAAGGAGAAUGGGCAACCUUGUGGAGUCUUUGUACUUGCAAGGGCGAAUCAAGAGGACCUCUUGUUGAAGUUCAUGCAAGCAGUCAGGGAUUCGCAGACUUGAGAUAGAUGGGCCUUGGUAGAUCGGUAGAUACAAGAGAUCCAUAAUCAAUGUGCCACU